AUGUCGGACGAAGGAGAACAUGGAGUAUUGUUACUGGAGAACUUCAUCCAGAUGAACAUCAAGACUGAGAUGGCCCACAUCCAACAGAACGUGGUACAGAACCAAACGGCGGCCAUAUUGGAGAUUGGCACCAGCCUUUUGAGCCAAACAGCUGAGCAGACUCGAAAACUGACCGACGUGGAGACCCAGGUCCUGAAUCAAACCUCCCGGAUCGAAAUACAACUGCUGGAGAAUUCCCUGUCCACAAACAAGCUGGAGCGGCAGCUGCUGAUGCAGACGAACGAGAUCCACAAGCUCCAGGAUCAGAACAGCCUCUUAGAAACCCGAGUCCAGCAGAUGGAAACGAAGCACUUGAAGGAACUGGAGGACAUUCGGACCGAGAAGGACCAUCUCCAGCAGCUGGUGAGUCACCAGAGCAACACCAUCGAAGGUCUGGAGAAGUCCCUCCACGUGGCCAGCAGCAAUGCCAGCCUCCUUCAGCAACAGCAGCUGCAGCUCCUGGAAUCGGUCCAGAAUUUGGUCUCCCUCGUCUCCCAAGGAAAAGUUCUUUUGAAAAAAGAAGACCGGCUGUUCCAGGACUGCACGGACGUCCUUCAGUCCGGAUUCAACCUCAGUGGCGUUUACACCCUCCAGAUUAACAAUCUGACUGAACCCAAAAAGGCCUUCUGCGACAUGGAAACCGACGGAGGAGGCUGGACCGUGAUUCAACGCCGGGUCAACGGCAGCGUCAGCUUCCAAAAAAGCUGGAAAGAGUAUAAACAGGGCUUCGGGGCUGCAGCUGGAGAAUACUGGCUGGGCAAUGAGGCCGUCCAUCUCUUCACCAACCAAGCUGCCUACGCUCUACGGGUGGAGCUUCUGGACUGGGAAGGCAACCGCGCUUAUGCCCAGUAUGACAAAUUCCGGGUUGCGAGCGAGCGCCAGCGCUAUAGGCUGGCGCUCAGAGGCUACAAGGGCUCGGCCGGCCUCCAAAGCGCCCUGCCUCUCCAGGGAACCUCCUUCAGCACUUGGGACUCCGACAACGACAACUGCCUGUGCAAAUGCGCCCAAAUGCUCUCUGGCGGCUGGUGGUUUGAUGCCUGCGGCCAAUCCAACCUCAACGGUAUUUAUUAUCCGGCUCGGCACAACAUCCGGAAACUGAACGGCGUCCGCUGGCAUUACUUCCAGGGACCAGGAUACUCAUUAAAAGCCACACGGAUGAUGAUCAGACCUUCCAGCGGCCGUGAAGGGGCAUAA